AGCGGGUAUUUUGCAAGCUUUUUCAUUACAUUUUAUUUUAUUUUUAUUUUUUUCGCUUUAAGUUUUUGUUGGUGGUUGCUAUUAUAUCUCAAUUUCCCUUAUUGGAAGAAAACCACACUCUUUCUCUCUCUUUCUUUUUUCCUCUGUUCCUGCCUGUGUAUUUCUCUCUCUCUUUUUGAUUUGCGAGUAUUCAUUUCCCAACCGCGUCUUUCCAUCUACUCUCUCUCUCUCUUUCUGCAUUUACCUUCUCUCUUUCUCAACUGCGACUCUCCUCUCCAUCUGUCUAAAUUCGCUAGCUUUCACGAGGAGGGUCUUUUCAAUGCGAUGCCGUGGAAACUGAGCUGCUCUGUUUUCUGUACGCAUUCUAUCUCGAGUUCUUUUGCUGAUUGUGCAUGAAUUUUCCAUCCAUUUCGUGUUUGUUUCAAUCAGUUCAAGAUUGAUCUGGGUAGAAAUUUUUGUUUGGCAAUUGGGUUUGGUAAACAGAGCAAUUGGGUGUGCUAAAGUCGAAAACUUUUUGGGUUUUAUAGAAAGUUUGCAUGUGAUCAAAAAAGCUGUAAAUUUUGGUAUUCUGGUUGAAUAUGGAGGAGGCUUCAAAGUGUGAAUACUGAAGGGUGUUUUUGGUAAAAAUAGAGUGCUCUUUUGAAAUAGAUCUUCCUACAAGAUCUGCUAUCUUUUUGCCAUACAAGCCUUUUUAGCUUUUGCAUGUAUUUCUGAUUUAAAAAAAAAAGGUGGGCAAGGGAAUUGAAUAUAUUCGCGUAAUUUUUGCUUCCAAAGACCCAUAAAAGGCAAAUUAGAAAGGUGCUUUUCUUUGCUAAGGAGGUGAAUGCAAAAGGGUCUGUGACAAUUCGUUGCAGAUCGUAUAUCAGACUGUUUAAGGAGUAAUUUUUUUUGGAUCAAUCUGAUUACUGAGGCUUGGAACUGAAAAGCGUUAUUUAGAAUUUGCUUAAAACAUUUGUGAUUGAAGGGUGAAUUUAGCGGAUUCAUCAGAAAAAAGCUGCAAUCUUGAAGAAGAAGUGGGGGUAUUCACAAAGAUUUUCUGACGGAUCCUUCAAGUGAGAAUAGAGGGUGUGGCUGUUUGGCUGGUCUGGAGUGCAUAUUAAACAUUAUCAGGGCCCUCAGAAUGGGGUCCUGCUUAUCUGCAGAAAGCAGGAGCCCUCGUCCCGGUUCCCCUUUGUCUCCCUCUCUGGGAGUCAAGAAGAGGAAGAACUCCAAGAAAAGACCCGGGUCAAGGAAUUCCUCCUUUGAUUAUCGGAGAGAAGAACCUUUGCAUAGGAUUCCUGGAAGGUUGUUCUUGAAUGGGUCCAGUGAAGUUGCUUCCCUCUUUACUCAACAAGGAAAGAAAGGAACCAACCAGGAUGCUAUGAUUGUUUGGGAGAAUUUUGGUUCUAGAACCGACACAGUAUUCUGUGGUGUUUUUGAUGGUCAUGGUCCUUACGGCCAUAUGGUUGCAAAGAGAGUGAGAGAUUCUCUUCCUCUAAAAUUGAGUGCAAACUGGGAAGUGAAUAUAACCAGUGGGGAGGUUCUCAAAGAGAUCAGCCUUAAUACUGCAGGAAGCAUGAAUUCAGAAGAUACCUUUGCAUCUGCAGAUGAAGAACUCAGGCCCUCCACUGAUACUGAGGAUUCAGAAAAGCAACCCGAGAUCUUUCAGACACUGAAAGAGUCGUUUUUGAAGGCCUUCAAAGUCAUGGAUAGGGAACUCAGAAUACAACCAAGUAUUGAUUGCUUCUGUAGUGGGACAACAGCUGUAACUCUAGUUAAGCAGGGCCGUGAUAUCAUCAUCGGAAAUGUUGGGGACUCCAGAGCUGUACUUGGUACAAGAGAUAAAGAUGAUUCCCUGAUAGCAGUUCAGUUGACAGUGGACCUCAAGCCAAAUCUUCCAGCCGAAGCAGAGAGGAUUCAGAAGUGUAAAGGGCGUGUUUUUGCUCUUCAGGAUGAACCCGAAGUGGCACGUGUUUGGCUCCCCAACAAUGACUCUCCUGGCCUUGCCAUGGCACGGGCCUUUGGUGAUUUUUGCCUAAAGGAUUUUGGUCUGAUCUCGGUGCCUGAUAUAUCUUAUCGACGCGUCACUGACAAAGAUGAGUUUAUAGUCUUGGCUACUGAUGGGAUUUGGGAUGUGCUCUCUAACAAAGAAGUGGUAGACAUUAUAGCAUCAGCCCCAGCACGUUCUUCAGCAGCUCGAGCAUUGGUGGAGUCAGCGGUUCGAGCUUGGCGAUAUAAAUACCCAACUUCAAAAGUAGAUGACUGUGCUGUUGUUUGCCUCUACCUAGACUCAGACUUGAACAACAUAUCAACUGCUGUUGCUAAUACCAAAAUAAAAGAUCCUCCAGCUUCUGUCGACGAGGUAAACACGGGGACUGAGAAAGACGAAGAAGUAUCAGGUCCAACCGGUUUGAGCCACUCGCAAAGUCUUCGAAGUGGAAAAGAGAUUCUUGCAGAAGACAGUAAAGAAGAUGGUUCAGAUGAAGUAUAUGCUGAGUCAGGAGUUGAAUGGUCUGCUCUGGAAGGAGUUUCUCGUGUUAAUACAUUAUUGAAUCUGCCAAGGUUUGUGCCUGGAAAAGAAGACAAGAAGGCCCGGAAAUGAUAUAUAUAAAGCCAAGAAAAAAAAGGAUUUGAGUUUUUGUCCUUCUUUUUGGUAAUUCAUAUUUACAUUUUUUGUUUUUUAAUUUAUUUUUGGUUCUAGUUUCUGUUUUUGUUUUCUUUUUCUACAGAGAUGGAAAAAGAUUUUUAGGGCCUCCAAGUAUAUGGACCGGAGAGAUGGGCCCGACUAUAUUAGCAAUGUCUGGGAAAAUUGUCCUCUUCUCUCUCUAGUUUGGGUGGGAUUGGAAUUUUGUAAAAUCCGACUCUCCUGUCUUUUGCUUAUUUUUGAACAAAAAAAGAAAAAAGAAGUUAAUUUUUGUGUCAAAUUUUGUUGUGUGAUAUUCAUUAAUGGUUGAUUAUAAUUUUUGUGAUAAUGAAGCCUCAUCUUAUUUUA